AUGGAUUGCACUGAUCAAAAGAAUGAGUUCCAUAAAAAGGAAAAUAGGGAAAAUUCCAUGAAAUCGAAAGAGAAGAAGAAGAGUUUAGUUUGUGAAGUUUAUGAUAAACCAAAGGUUCAUCAUGAAGAAGGAUCAACAAGCUCAAAAACUUACGUGUGUGAGUUUUGUAACAAAACCUUUAGUUGUGGAAAAGGAUUGGGUGGCCAUAAAAGAAUUCACAUUCAAGCCCUAAAGAAAGAGGGUUUGGCUAAAACAAAGGCAAAAUGCAAAUCAUCUUAUAAUGAUGAGAAACAAAGAUGUGAUGUUUGCAAAAAGGAUUUCCCAUCCAAGAAGGCCUUAUAUGGUCACUUAAGAUCUCACCCUAAAAGGGAAUGGAGACGUGUUCAUUCUAAGAAGAACGAUAAUUAUGAUUAUGAUUAUGGUUAUGGUUAUGAUAACGAUGAUGAUCAAGAUCAAGAUCAAUAUUUUCUUGGCGAACAUAAAGAAUUGGUUAUUGAUGAUGAUUCAAUAUCUUGGCCACCUAGAUCUUUUAAAGCCAAUAAAAGGGGACGUGCACGAGUUUUCGACGAAGAAGUUUUUAAUGGUGCUCAAACACUCAUGUAUCUCUCUAGGGAUCAAGGAUUUCAUGACAAGCUCAAGAAUAUGGAUAUUGAGAAGAAAGUGCUAGUUGUUGAUGAAAUUGAUGAAACACGAAUGAGGAAUGAGAAUAACAAAAGAAUGAAGUUGAUGAUGAAAUUGAAGAAUCCAUGUUCAACUUUUAAAGACAAUAUCUUGAUGGAAAAAGAUUGCUUCCAACUUGGCUCUUAUGAUGAUAAAGAGAAGAAUUUUUAUAGGUCUCAAACUGAGAUUGGAGAAUCAAGUCAAUCAAAAUCAAGAGUUAUUGAAGGGUUUUGUUUGAAUGAGGAACCAAAUGAAGUGAGUGAAGAAUCAAACUAG